AUGGCGGCCACGGCGGCGUCCGCGCCGGCGAUAUCACCGCGUCGAUGGACGCCACCCCGACGCGAUCGCGGCGUCGCGUCCACGUCCGGUCGCGCGUCCUCCUCGCGUCUCGCCCGCGCCGCGUCGGCGGCGUCGUCGUCGUCGUCGUCGUCCGGCGACGGAGAUGAUAACGCGUCCGAUCGCGGCGACGUCUCGCGCGAUCGCGACGAUGCCGUGUCCGUCCCGCCGACGCAGCACGUCGUGUGCGUCUCCUUCGACGCCGCGGUCGACGCCACGGACGAGAUGUGCGUCGUCGGCUUCGAGGCCGCGCGCAGGUUCUGGCCCGGGAAGAUCCCGGGGUCGUGCGAGGACUACGCGGACGUGUUCCGGAUGCUGACGCCGUGCCUGGACGAGAGCUCGUCGUUCGAGGGCGCGCUCAUGGUGCGCGUCAUGGCGGAAGAGAACCUCGCGGAGCGGACGCGAUUCCGCCUGGAGCUGAAGCGACGCAAGGCGGCGCGGCUCAAGCGCGAGGCCGCGGAGCGCGCGGCGAUGGCGAAGGCGGUCACCGCGAAGCAACGCGCGGCGAUGGAGACGGAGUCGGCGGCGCGAAGAGACGCGACCAAGGCGACGCGCGAGCGCGAGUACGCCGCGCGAGCCGCGGAGCUCAACGAGGGGCGCACGACGCGCCCGCUGAACUUGCGCGAGGUGGUCGCGGCGUGGGACGAGAUCAAGCUGCACGCGUCGAUGAAGUUCGGGUGCGAUCUGGAGACGGCGAUCACGUGGGAGGGGCUCACGGUGGCGCCGCGCGGGCUCCAGGCGGUGGUGAAUCAAGUCAGAGACGAGUUUCACGCCGGGACGAUCGUCCUCUCGCGCGACGACACGUGCGACGGCGACGACGACGACGAGGAAGACGACGACGAUGACGACGCGUGCGCCGCGGGCGACGCCGGCGACGGCGCGAGUCCCAGGGAGAUCUGGUUGCGAAGCCACGCGUUGCAUCACGGCGUGCGCGAGUUCGUCGACGCGUGCGCGCGGGACGGCCACGCCGUGAUCGUCCUCGGCGGGCCGUGGCGCCGCGCGUCCAUGUGCGCCGACGUCCUGGAGCACCUCGGCGUCGCCGUCGAGAGGAGCGACGACGACGGCGGCGGCGGCGGCGGCGUCACGGUGAUCGGCUCGGAGCGCGGCAGCGCGAGAGGGCUCGCCGUCGCCGCGGCGAUGUCCGAGCGCGAGAUGCCGUGGCAGCGGUGGCACCUCGUGGACGGCAACCUGAGCGAGCUCGCGCGCGUCGCGCGCAGCGCGGAGUGCGCGUCGUUCACGUCGCAGUACGCGUCGUGGGUGCCGUGUCUGUACGGUGACAGAGUUCGCGCGGAGAUGCGCGACGGCGUGCGCGUGGUGGAUCACGCCGGGAUGUUCGCGCUCGUCGACGCGGAGGCGCCCGCGGAGGUGAUGGACCGCGUGACGGGGGGGGAGUGA